AGGUAGCGCGGCCACCAUGCCUUUGGAGAGACAUGUACAGAGCUGCGUGCACCCGCAUUGCACGGAGACGAGUAAGGGAGGUUCGCCAUGUAUCGGUGCCCACCUGUCGCAAGAAGGUCAAAAUGUCGUGGGAACCACAUCGAAGCUCGAUCAUUGUUGGCACGGCGUCGUAGGGAAUAAGGAGCAAGCAGCAAUCUAGGCGUGGCUUGCAAGGGCCCAGGGUCCACACUGGACUGACUUGAAGAGCGACUUGGCCACUUAGGCCGUCAUGGCACACAAGCAAGGGAUCUCUCCCGCCGUGGACCGCUCCUCGUCCUCCGCGUCCGCAUCCUCUGUUGCUUCGGAUGCCUUUCAGCUAGCCAAGCAAGCAUUACGCGACAAUCCCUUCGAAGGCGAGCCAUUCACACAAGCCUUUUCACCAGCCUUGCCAUCCCACUCUCCUCUGCACCCUUUUUCGCAAUCACAAUCGCAUCACACUCAUCAACAUGCACAGCAGCAAUACUUUCCUUCUGGUUUAUCGCCAUUCCAACAGGCAGGCUACGCUCACGCUCCUCCGCACCCCAGCCAUGGAGGUUAUCAAUUUGGAAAUCAUGCGCGUGGAAUGCCCACGUCACUUUCUGCUUCCGGUGCAAAUCAAUCCUCUGGGCCAUCUGAUGGCGGCUUCCAAGGACCUUUGACACACUCGUCCUAUAUUCCAACCGAGCUUCCUACAGCCGCCUAUCGCUUACAAGCUCCAGGAGCACAUUCGCUGUCUUCUGCGCAACCGCAGCAGGGGAACGAAGGGAACUUGCCGAGCACUUCGCCGGGUCACGCUCCUGCUGCUGGGCCACAACCGAGUAUCUAUCUUGUUGGUUCAACAUCGGCUGUUGCUACGGCUGCAGCGCAGCAUUCGCUCCCUGCUACAGCAGACUGGCCGACGAAAUCUGUUAGCUACAGUACCAUUUCUACAGGGGUCACUGCCGUAAGGUCCAAGUCAGACACUAUGAGCAGGGAGACGAUCGCUGCACCGGGAAGUGCGGCCAGUGGUCCGACUGAUACAGGCGCGGACGCUGGUUCCAGCACAGGUGCAGGCGGUGCAGUUGUGGAGACAACCGCUCAGAAGCGCAAGCGAGCGCGUCAGUUCAAGUACCUCACGGAUUCCCCGGCUUCAGGCGGCGCACACGACGGCAAUGGCGCUGGUGGCAAGAGCGCCGAUGGCGCCGAUGGCGAGGAUGGAGAGACGCCGACAAGCCGCAAGAAGGUGAAGAGGGCGUGUGUCUUUUGCCAACGAAGUCAUAUGCCGUGCGAAGUGGCGAGACCAUGUGCACGCUGCACAAAGCGCGGCAUAGCGCACAUGUGCAAAGACAAGCCGACGAUGGAAUCGCCAGGUACAAGCAAAGUGCAGCAGCGGUCAAAACCAAAGCCAUGUGGGCACGGAGCCCAAAGCGAUAUCGAAUGCUCAGUAGGCAGAGCACGGCCCCCCGGACGCGCAGGAGGAGGAGCUCAUCCUUCAUCAGACCCUGACGAGCAAAAUAUAUCGUCUUCUAACUCACGAAACGAGCGUAGCUCUUCCUCCACGUCCCAAGCACGUGGAACCCAUGGCAGAAGUCCAGAUAUGAGACGAUCGGGACCCUCCACCAGAACGAACGAGGAGGUGGAGAUGCUGGAAAAUCUCGAGCAGGAGGACUAUCGGCUCAAGCUACCCAUAUCGCUGUUGCUUUCCAAAGAUCAUUCCAUACCGACCAGCACGAGGCGUGGGACGCCUGCUGGAUCGCAAGAGAGGCAGCGGCAACUGCAGGGCAAACAACCUAUCGCAAAUAAGGAUGGAGAUGCUGCUGUUGAUGGCGAUGAUGUAGACGUCAACGGCGGUGCGCAUGGGGAGCCCGACUCAGAAUCAAGGGGAAAAGGUGCAGGAGCAUCUCGACUUUUGGACGAACUUAUGGAUGACAGAGAUAAAGAGGAGCUGGAGCGGUUGUUGGAAGGUGGAAACAAGGUCUUCGAUCUCAAGGAUACAUUCGCAGACAAGCCGACUGGCUUGCUGUCUGCUUCACUCGGCGUGUCUGAAGAGAACACUCUGGCGACGAUGAUACCCUGGAGGCACACGCCUGCGCAACAGAGCAACGCGGCGGCGACAGUAAUAACCAGACGAGAUGCGCAGAAUGAAAGCUUAGUGACGAGCCGACCCUCGUCGGAGAAUGGCUCUGACAGCCCGGAGCGAGGCACAGGCAACAUCUUCCUCCGCGAGGAAGAGCUCACGGCCGCCGCUCUGCGCGGCAUCCCGUCGUACAACUAUACCUGGGGCUACGCCAAGCUUGCACACUGGAUGAACACGCGGUUCUCGCGCGAGUCUUGCGCCAACAUUGACCGGGCGCUCGGCAUGGUGCGUCUCAAGUUCCUGCAGAUCUCGCGACAGCUCUCGCAAAAGCAGCUGCUCGACAUUGAGGAAGAGAUCUACAGCUCGAUUGAGCACUACAAAACGCACGUCUUCGAGCAAGUUCCGUUCGCCAUGCUCCUUCUACGCCGGACAGGGGAGAUUUACGGGGCAAAUAGCAAAGCGAGCACGUGGCUGCAGUUACCCAAGAGCCUGUUUAGCAAUGGACAGCUGUUCCACUUUCAAUUGGUCAAGGAGCAAGACAUAGUGACUGUCACAGAUAAAUAUGCCGAGGAGUGCCUCAAGCUGUUCCGGGAAGACCGCGAGGAGCCCGAGUGGGGCCCCAGCCUAACGCACACCAUGGAAAUCGACCGAUCGCUAUUGCUCCACGACAAACCAGCGCUCGACCCGCGCAGCGGCAAGCUGCUGGAAGGGGCAUCAGAGACGCUCCAAGAUGGAUCGCCAUCCGUCUUGCGACUGCGAGCGCAGCUGACGCUACAGGCGCGGAUCAGCCAGCACGGGCUUCCGCUGGUCAUCUGCCUGUAUCUAUGCCCUGCUUCAUAAGCUUCAUACUUUGGAUCCUUGAGCACCAUUCGGCGUGCCAUGGGAGCUGCAAAAGCACCAAGCGGGGCCAUGCAAUGCGACUGAGUGCAAUGAAUGUGUAACGUCAAGAUGUCAUAGUGUCAUAUGCGUACAACAGCC